AUGGGCGCCAUCGUCGCGGCGCCGAUCCAGGCCCUGGGCUCCUGCCUCGGCAGCUGCGAGGGCACGUUCCUGGCGGCGGUGUGCUGCCAGCUGGCCGGCGCCGGCCAGUUGGCCAGUUUCCAGGGCGCACGCGCCGCCCUUGUCGGACUGCAGGCCUUCUCGGCCUCACUCGCGGUCGCAGCUGCAGCGACGCCAGCCUUUUGGCUACCAUGGUUUUGCGACAAGCUCCAGGUUAUGGGCCAGGGCGGACUGGGCAUAUGCGAAUGUGCGGGCAGCGAGGCUUGCUGGGCGGACCAGCUCGUGUAUCGGGUCGAGGCCGCGGGCGUCAUGGUCUUCCUCUUUCUGCUGCUCAUGGCGGCUAGCGGGUGCGUCCAGGGCGCGGUCUUCAAGAAUACAGUGGGGAAGUUCAUGGCCAUGUUGUUCAUCCCCCUCGCGCUGCUAGCCGUUCCCAACACGGUCCUGCGCGCAUACGGCGAGGUCGCCACGGCUUCAUCUGCGGCGUUCUUGGUGAUGCAGGCCGUGCCAUUGAUCGAUUUCGGCUACUCUUGGAGCGAAACGUGGUUCAGGAAGGCCGAGGAUGCGCGGCGGGCGGCUGAGCGGCGGGGGGACUUCCAGUCUUUCCCGUGGUGGAAGGCGGGUAUUCUGGCCGCGGCAGCAGCGCUCUUCAUCGGAUCGAUUGCCGCGUCCGUGUACAUGUUCAUCGCCUCCCCCGAGGUUGGUGCUCGGAGCGUCACUACUGCCGCGUGGGGGGUGGCUGCAGCACUGACCGUGGUGGGCAUCACGUGUGUGGAUGACGGCCCGCUGCUGACCUCGUGCGUCGUCAUGGCAUAUGCCGCCUGGCUCACCUGGGAGGCUCUCGCGACACUGCCGAGCGGCGGCGGCCCAAGGCUCCCCCCGUGGGCCGCGGUCACCACUUGCCUUGCCUCGCUGCUGUGGUUCUCGAGGGGCACCACCAGGGCCGCCCUGCCCGCCGGCCAGGAACCCUUGAUCAUUGCCGCGCUGCCCGGGCCCGCGCCGCCGCCAGGGUCCGCCGACGCGGCCACUUUCGGUGUGCAAGGUUCGAAGGAGUUUGUCGUCCAGUGCGCCAUGCACGCGGCUGCGGGCAUCUACAUCACCGCCGCGCUGGCGCCGCGGGCGAGCGCCCUUGCGUAUGGCCUGCGCGUCGCCGCGGUGUUCCUCUCGCUCGCCCUCUACUGCUGGGUCCUUGUGGCGCCACACGUGUUCCCGAACCGCACCUUCGGUGGGUGA